AUGGACCGCCACAUCAUUAUCUCCGAGGUGAGACUCCAUCUGCAACACCGCAGGAGACCACAACUUUAGUGCCCCCCAGGUAAGCGAACAUUGUUCUGCCGCCUUUUCUUUCGCUUAUUCUUGUUUGCUUGAUCUCCGUCUGCUUGUUUGUGUUGUCCUCGUUGAAAUCUAAAUGUCGUUCUGUCGAAUUUCCUCUGUCUCUUUUGCUUUUUCGCUGUUCUUGCCUGCUUGUUUUUUGUCUGCUUGUUCGCGUCUGACCUUAUUCUAAGCUAAAUGAAGUUCUGUUAAAUUCGCCUACUCACCGAUUGUAUUUCAUCAACCAUUAGCCUAGAGAGGGACGAGAAAACUCUGCUUUCCUUCUCUCUACCCUUCCCCCAUCCUCAUUCCUCCCCUGCAAGCCCUACAGCGAUAUUGUAGGCGGACGCAGGUUAAGUCAGGUCGUUCUCCCACUGAACACAAGUCAUAGCCCAUGGUGACGUUCGGCAGCCGUCUGGGACAACGGAGCAGCUCUAUUUAGGGAGAGCACUGCUCACCCCCACGAGAGGAAAGGGGCUAGAAAAGGUGCCCUAAACAAAUGCUAGGGAUUUACGCCGUCUGCAGACUGACCGUCGCCUCAGACGCAAAACUCACGGUCGAAACAAUCAAAUAAGAGGCAACACCCUCUCUCUUCCCCUUCCUGAUCCUCCCCGCCGCCCCACUCGCCAGACCGGUAAGGUGAAUCCGUCCAAUCUGGCAGCCUGGAAUGCUCGUUUCCUUUUAGACAAUCCGAGGGGCAACCGAUUGGAACGGAGGACGGCAUUAGUGUCUCGGGAACUGGCGCGCUACAAGGUGGACAUCACUGCACUCAGCGAGACCCGCUUCCCCAAACAAGGCUAACUGGGGGAGGUUGGUGCCGGUUACACCUUCCGGGGCGGUCGCCUCAGGGCACAGUUACGGGACACGAGCAUCGUCUUUGCCAUCCGGAAUGAUAUUGUGGGACGAUUUCCCUGUCUGCCGCAGGGCAACAAAGAUCGCCUGAUGAGCCUCCGCCCCCCUCUUCGUGGAAACAAAUUCGCCACCAUCAUCAGCAUCUACGCCCCGACGAAACGAGAAACAAAGUCUUCGAGGAUCUGCACGCCCUCCUGACGAUUGUGCGGAAGGCGGAUAAGUUAAUUGUCCUUGGUGACUUCAACGCCCGCGCGGCACAGACCAUGCUGCCUGGAGAGGAGUGCUGCGUCCUCAUGGUCUCGACGACCCCAAUGAUAAUGGCCUGCUCCUCCCACGAACCUGCAUAGAACACCGGCUCAUCCUGACGAACACCUUCUUUCACCUCCCUAUGCGAGAGCAGGUCACCUGGAUGCAUCCUCGGCCGCGUCAGUGGCACCUGUUGGACUAUGCUUUCAUCUGGAGACGAGACCAGACGGACGCUCUACUGACAAAGGCGAUCCCGGGUGGCAACGGGUGGCGACGGGUGGACCGAUCAUCGGUCGAUCACCUCGCAGAAUCGGAUUCACCUAUGGCCUCGCAGGAAACCUCAAGGUAAUCAGCCCUCAAGUAAGCUGAAUAUUACUUUGUUGUCUUUGCCUGUUCACCAUCUCCAUUUCAGCAGCGCGGUAGCUCAACGGCUGACAACCUACCAGUCGCUGAUGCCGCCGCCGCCGCUGACGAGAACGCCUCCGCGGAGAACCUAAGGUGUCGACUACCGGAUACAAUCAAGUCGACGUCCAUGGCUGUCCUCGGUCACGCACGACGCCAUCACCAGGACUGGUUUGACGGUAACGAAGCCGCCAUCAGCAACCUGCUCACCGAGAGGAACCGCCCGCACAAAUCCUACGUCAACCGCAACACCGACGACAAUAAAGCGACCUUCUACCGUAGUCGCCGCCUUGCGCAACAGCGGCUGUGCGAGAUGCAGAAGGCUUGGACAACUCGUAAAGCCGAGGAGAUCCAAGGGUACGCGGACUGCAACGAAUGGAAGAAUUUCUUCUCCGCAAUGAAGGCUGUUUACGGUGAAUCGCGAAGGAAUGUAGAGAAUCGGGCAGAAAUUCGGCUGUCCCGAACAAUUCAAUCAGAUGCUGCGUCAGCUCCACGAUGGGAUGAUGCGCGAGUCACAGAUAAUGAAGCUGUCUCAAAGGUAUUCGCAGUGACCAACGGAGUGAAGCAGGACUGCGUCCUCGCGCCCACCCUCUUCAGUCUCAUGUUAUCUGCCAAAGUCAGCCAAGCCUUCGGCCGUCUGCAAAACAUCGUCUGGAACCGUCACGGUCUCCAUCCAAACACCAAGCUGAAGAUGUACAGGGCAGGCAUCCUGCCGACACUGCUGUAUGGAGCAGAGACCUGGACGGUCUACAAGAAGCAGGCGCGGAGACUCAAUCACUUCCAUCUCAACUGA